CAUGUUUUUGAUUGUGAAGUAAACAGUUUAAGUGUCACUGUGUCAUAAGGAAAAUAAACUUCAUAACAAAUACAAGUUAUAGUUACAAUGGUUUAUAGUGGUUAACUUUGGCAACCUGACGGAUACAAAUCGAGUCUUCACUCUAGAGAGCAUCACGAACACACCCACUAUAUAAGUUGUCCAAUGGAAACGCAAAAUAACGAGAUGUUGCUGAAAGACGUUCCUGAAUUCGGAAACGAGAUUCGAAAGGAGUUUAUGCUCCGGAAAAAUAGCGUGUUCAUCAAUCACGGCUCGUACGGCACAAUACCUAAAUGUGUUCAUGCACAAAAGAUCAGAUACCUUGAAGAAAUGGAGAGCCAUCCAGACGUUUGGUACCGAUACACACUCGAUAAAUAUUUAAAGAGGGCCGUACAAAAAGUGUCCAGCUUCAUUGGUGUGGACGUUGGAGACACCUUUUUGCUCCAAAACGUAACAAAAGCCAUCAACACGGUCCUUAAGACGUUCCCGUUACGUCACGGUGACGCUUUCCUCAUCACAGAUUUGUCUUAUUGUUCUGUGAAAAGUGCGGCACAGCAUGUGACUUCAUUGGUACCAGGUUGUGCGACUCAUCUACUGAACAUCAAGUUUCCGAUCCAAAGCGAGGAUCAGAUAGUUGGUCAGUACGACCAAUUUCUACGCGCUCAUCCUGAGGUUCGAUUGGCUAUAAUAGAUCACAUCACAAGCCCAACAGCGAUUCUGAUGCCUGUCAAGCGUCUGGUUGAAGUCUGUCAUCGACAUGACGUCACAGUUUUGAUCGAUGGUGCGCAUGCGCCUGGCCAGCUUGAGCUCAAAAUACAGGACAUCGAUGCAGACUUUUACACAGGAAACCUUCACAAAUGGGUGUAUGCUCCCCGGGGUUGCGGCUUUCUAUGGCGAAAUCCUAACAGGAAGACGGAAUGGUUACGUCCCUUGAUCACAGCAAGUUGUCACGGCGCAGGUCUGGUUGAAGAGUUCGCUUUUGAAGGCACAAAAGACGACUCUUCGUAUCUGUGUGCAGUAAAUGGCAUAGAUUUCUACAACUCAGUCGGAGGCAUUGAUGUGAUAACAACAUAUACAAAACAGCUGCGUGAAAAAUGCGUUGAGUACCUGGAGGAUUUGUGGGAAACAUCUCGACUUCCGGUUCCGGAAAGCAUGGUCGCGCCAAAUCUACAAAUGGUUCAACUGCCGUACAUUCCGAAGUUCUCAGAACGCCCGGAUAUGUAUGGCGAUCUCCAAAAGCUAAUCUUGGACCAGUUCGACAUUCAGACGUACAUACACACAGUGAACGGACAGCUGUACGCGCGAGUGUCCACUCAAAUUUACAACACCUUUGAUGAUUAUGUGAAACUGGGGAACGCCAUUCUUAACAUUGCCAGAGAAGAGUAAAAGAACAUAUAACGAUAUAUGUUUAUGCUGCUCGCAAGGGUAUCCGCUUAAACGUCGUUGAUGAUUAUUUAAAACUUAGGGACCCUUUCUUCUCAGUGUCGGAGAAGUAUGAAAAGCGUUUUUUUUUAUCUACAUAUUUAUAUAAUGAGGGUGUACGCGUGAGUGUCCUUCAGAUGCAUAUCACAGUUGAUAGUUAUGCCCCCCUUCGAAAAAGAGGGGUCGGUCGGUCCGUUCGUCGGUAGACCAAAGCUUGUCCGAUAGAUAACUUGACAGUUCCUGGACAUAUCCAGUUCCUCAUCAUACUUGACAUGAAGGUUGGGCCUGACCAGAAGAUGACCUCUAUUGAUUUGAAGGAUCAUCGGGUUAAAUGUCAAGGUCACAGUUUAUAUGCAAAUAUCAGUUAAAAUCUGAACAUGAGUAACAUCUGAAAACUGUACCUACUAUCCUCACACUUUGAAUGCUCAUAAUCUUAAAACUGCCUCAAAGGCACCUUAUGUCAAUGAGGAAUCAGUUGUCAUUUCGGUCAAUGCAUAUUGCAUUUAGUUAUCCAAAAAUUCCUGACAGCCUGGCGCUCAGGGGGCAAUAAUGUCUAACAAACAUCUCUUUUUAUGUGAAACUUGAGGACAUUUUUCUUCACAUUACCACAGAUGAAUGAAAAAAAACAACAUAUUGAAUGUUGUUAUAUUCGUACUUAAAUGCAGAAGUGUAUCACAAUUGAUGAUACUUGAGGACAUAUUUCUUCAUAUUACCAGAGAAGAGUAAAACAACAUAAAGGUUUUUUUUUAUGUUCAUACUCAUUUAUAUGCAAAUGUAUAUCACAUUUUGAUGAUUAUGUGAAACUUGAGGAUUUUUUUCCUGACCUUACCAGAGAAGAAUGAAUUUUUUCUCUAUUCGUACUUAUUUAUUUAUAUGCAGAUGUUGAUCACAUUUGGUGAUUAUGUGGACCUUGAAAACGCUAUUCUUCACAUAACCAGAGAAGAGUGAAAUGCGUUGUUCGUCUUACUUGUGCAUACAUUUCCUUGAACGGACAGUCGUUUAAUGUUCAUAAAUUUGAUUUCACAUUUCAAUUAUGAUCAGAACAGUGCAAGCGAAAAAAGAAACUUGUUAUGAAACAAAGGAACGCCAUUUUUAUAUCGCUGGUAAGGAUAUGUCUAAUUGUUCUUAUGUUGCGAACUCAAUCAAGCGGUUACUUCCCUUUGUUGAAUAAUUAUCACUGAUAGCAUUCGGAACGCCUCGGCCAUUUCUAUCGAAAACAACCUCGGAUGUAUGUGGACGGUUUACAUACUCAGAAAUCGGUAUGUUUAAGUCCGCUGCAAGUAGAUCGCGUAGUCAUUUAAUUUAGCAGUUUAACUUAACGACUUAACUCUAGGGAAUCUUAAUUAUGUUUGCAGUAAUACAAGCAAAAUACAUAAAUAUAAGCUUAAACACUUAAUUUAAUUUAUGAUAUUCAAAAACUUACGAACUACUUCUACUGAUGUACCGGCAUACAUCCGAGGUUGUUUUCGAUAAAAAUGGCCAAGGAGCUCCGAAUGCACUGAUAUCGCGCAAAUCAUGUGAUUGUGAUCAAAACCACGUAAUCGCAUUUAAAAUUUUGACAUUUUUCAUUUAAAAUAUAUUUAUGCAUUUUAAAUUCUGGGAUAUGCAACAUUCAAGUUUUUAGAUUUAAGCAAAAAAGGCAAUGAGACGAAACAAAAUAAUGUUCUUAAAAAUAAUGUUCUUAAAAAGUAAUAUAAUUGAAUCUGAUUCUAAGGGAGAUCACUGUGUUGGUGAUUGAUCUUGCGUAAGAUUAAUUGUUUUCAGUCUUGAUAAUGUUUGUUGAUAUGAAAGGACAAAAGAAGAUUUAUUUUACCAUUAACUUCUUAAAUCUUACUUUAAGUGUUAUGAUAUUUAGUAUGUCGUAAAUUAGCUGCAGAUAUAUUCAUGCAUAUACUCUUAUGUAUGCUUUUUUUUAAAAGUUCAAUGUUCGAUAUGUUUGCCAAUAUUUUGUGCAUAACUAUUUGUAUUUUAUUUUUCACUGCUGCAUCAUAUUAUAAUUUGAUGACAUCAUCAUUGUAUUUCUGAAUGUGUCUCGGUAUACAAUAUUCAUCAUCUUGGAGAUUUUCAGGAUCAUAAUUUUAGCAGUAAUAGUUAUAUCAGUUUAAGCUCAUAUUUAUUUUGAGAGAAUCGUCGAGACUGUUGGGGUAGUAUUUGUGUCAUCGAAGGCGUCGUUCAAAGACUUUGAACUUUGGCGUAACUCAAAUUUGCUUUCAGUGUAUUAAAAUGAAACUUGGUAAACAUGUUGCCAGAAGCAAUAGGCACGCGUUGAACAAGGCUCAUAACUCUUACAUAUGUCAUUGUCUAGUUAUUAUUCCCCCUUUUCGACAAGAAACAUACACACAAUUGGAAUUCGCCCGGUGCCACUCACGUUCGUUUUACCCUGGAGAUUUCAGGACGGUUUGUUUUUGUUUUCAAAUUGAAAAUGGAAUUAAAUAUUCUAGUGUUUUUAUUAUUUCUAUUGAAUUUUUCUAAUUGUAUGCAUUUACCUUUAAUAAACCUUUAUUGAGGUAUUUUUCUUAAAUUAUUGUAUACAAUAGUAUGACUUCAGUGAAUAAAUAUAGUAUAUGUGUUCAACAAAUAUUAUGAAUAUUUGCAUUUCAGCCUAUUUCGAUACACACCCCUAUGAAUUGAAAUUCUUAAAUUUAUCAAGUACGAACUAUGUAUGUAUAGAAAAUAUAAAAGUAUAAAAUUACUUGCAUUCAAUGAAAUGAACACUUUGUCGAAAAUAUAGCACUUUAAAAUAACGUUGCAAAUGCUUUUCAAACAUGCAUUUUAUCUCUCAAAUAUUGUUAGUGUUUCGUUGUUAUAUAACGAACGAAUAACCAUACCUACCAACUCUGUUAUGUAUUUAUAUUUAUGAUUUUCAUAACACGCACAGGCCACGUUGGCCUACUUUAUGGAAUGCACCAUGUAUAAAUUAUGUUGCUUUCUUAAAUUAUUUCUAUAAUAAAUCAUUUUGACAGGCAUAAUGUGCUUUGAACAAUUAUUUCUAAAAAAAACAUAACUUUUUGCCGCUUGACCAACAUUCAACACAUCAUAAUGCCAUUGAGUCUAUUCCGACUAUAGUCCUAGUACGUUUUCCGGGACCCCGUUUCAAUUCAAUCCAUUACAAUUCAAUUCCGUUUCUUUUCUUCACUUGUUCAAGUCAACCUUAAAGAAGAAACACAAGAAAAAAAACAGAAAAAAAACGAUCAAGAGCAAAAACGAUCAAGAGGAUGAACGAACAAGAACGAACGAAACAAGAUUGAAACAAACAAAAGCAACAGCGAACGAGAACAAAAACGAACGAAACAACGAACAAGAACGAAUGAGAACAAGAACGAACAAAACGAGAACGAAUAAAACGAGAACGAGAACAAGAACGAAUAAAAUGAGAACGAACCAUACAAGCACGAACGAAAAAGAACGAAUAAAACGAGAACAAACUACAAGGACGAACGAGAACAAGAACGAAUAAAACGAGAACGAACCAUACAAGCACGAACGAAACAAGAACGAAUAAAACGAGAACGAGAAACAAGGACGAAUAAAAUGAGAACGAACGAAACAAGAACGAACAAGUCAAGGAGGAAUAAAACAAAAACGCACGAAACACGUCCCUUCAGUACAUAUAAAUGAUGGCAUUCACUUAAAACGAAAUAAUUAAAACAUCAUUUUAACCCUUUCAUCGAAAAUUGUAUUGAACUUGGCCUUAUAUUUUUGAAACUCGUUUAAGUGGAUGC